UUUUUUUAACUUGCAACGCUGGCUGGUCGCCUGGUCCCAUCUGCCGCCGUGGAUCCUUAACCAUGGUGAUUUCCUGCACCACGAGUCGACCACCAUCCCAGGUAACCUGACCAACCCGAGCUCCCCCUUCUCCAGUCUCCUCACCCUUCUCCGCUCGUCUUUUAAGCACACAGUUCUUGCGCCCCGAAAAUAGUAACCGGAGAGAGCGAAGAAAAAACCCCUCACUCCACUCCAGACUCCAGUACUCCACACACGCACACGCACGUACACAGAGAGAGCAAGGGGAUCAUGAGAAACCUCAGGAACAUCCCAAGUAGCUCUCAGUUGUACUAGGAGGCGCUUGGAUCGGAGCUGGGGAAGAAGACAAGGCAACCAUGGUGAUGGUCCUGGGUGGUGGCCACAGCAAGACGGACGAGAACCAUCACCGGAGGAGCCACCCCCGCCUCGCCCCGUCACCCUUUCCCCGGCUGCCCUUCCCCUGAUCGAAAACCCUCUGUGAUCCUUCCUUCUCCUUGGCUCUGGAUCAGAACCGUCUUUUUUUCUUGGAAUAUUUGAGAAUUUCGCGUGAAGUCGAGCGACUCAGCAUGAAGAGACCGAGCGGCUCCGUCUCCGGCGGCGGUGGCGGCAGCCCCGGCCUCCUUCCGAUUGUUCACAGCGAUGACGGCUUUGGUGGCGUCGGGGUGGAGGAGGCCGACGAGGACAUGGUGCUGUGCGGCGGCGGCGGAGGCGGGGGCGGGGAGAAGAAGCGGCGGCUGAGCACGGAUCAGGUGCGCGCGCUGGAGCGGAGCUUCGAGACGGAGAACAAGCUGGAGCCGGAGCGGAAGGCGCGGCUGGCGCUGGACCUCGGCCUGCAGCCGCGCCAGGUUGCCGUCUGGUUCCAGAACCGCCGCGCGCGGUGGAAGACCAAGCAGCUCGAGCGCGACUACGCCGCGCUGCGCCACUCCUACGACGCGCUCCGCGCCGACCACGACGCCCUCCGGCGCGACAAGGACACGCUCCUCGCAGAGAUCAAGGAGCUGAAGGCGAAGCUGGGCGACGAGGACGCGGCGGCGAGCUUCUCGUCCGUGAAGGAGGAGCCGGCGGCGUCCGGCGUCGAUCCCCCCGCCGCGGCGGCGCAGGGCUCGUCCGACAGCGACUCUAGCGGGGUGGUGAACGACGCGGAGAUGAUGGCGGCGCCGGAGAAGGCCAGCCACCACCCCCCGGCGGCCGCCGCCGCCACCGCCGGGGCCGAGGCGGUGGUGCCCGGCGCGGCGCUCCACCACGGCGAGGUGUUCUUCCACGGGCACCCGCUGAAGGUGGAGGACGACGAGGCGGCGUUCCUGGGCGACGACGACGCCGCGUGCGGGGGCUUCUUCGCCGACCUGCAGCCGCCGCCGUCGCUGCCGUGGUGGACCGAGCCCACGGAGCACUGGGCCUAGAGCCGAGCCGGGCCGUCGUAGGAAGGCGGGUGGGUGGAAUAAAGAACCCGGCAGGGAGGGGGGGCGUUUCUGCAAAUUUUUGUAAAAUUGGAAGUGUACCUAGUCCUUUUUUGUCAUUCCUCCCGUACCGGCAGCCGGGCAGCGUCACCGCCGCUGUAGCCAGCCUACUAGUCCUAGUUCCAGGCUUCAGCCAGUACCACCGCCACGUCGCCGGUAGCCUGGCGCUCUCGGCUCCCCUCCUGUCUCCCGCGGUGAAACGAGGCGGGGAGAAGGGAGCGGGAAUUACCGGGAAGCGCACGGGUGUUUACGCAAAACUGCACGGAGGCGAUGGGGCGGGACGGGAUCGACAGCGACAGUGGCCACGGGUAGUGAGGGGGGAGGCAGCGAGCGCGGGCGCGGGCGCAGCGCUG